UUACUUAUAUGCAUGAGUUACGUGCUCAUGCUACUCGUAUUUUAUUUUAUUCCUGCUCCUGUUGAACUUUGUUUAAAUAACUCUGCCCACAUUUAUUUUUUGGAUAUGUGAACCCAUUCCUGGUUCAGUUAGCCACCUGCUAUUUCAAUGUCAACAGCUAAAAUACCUUAAAUUCAUUUGCAAUAGAAUUUUCAAAAAUUCACUCAUUCCUCAGUUAGUUCGUAAUUCUUUGUGUUUCAAUUUCCCGAAAUCUCGCAAACCAGACUCAAAAUGGUAGACUCUGUAUAUCGGACCCGAAGUUUGGGAAUUGCGGCCGAAGGAAUUCCAGAUCAGUAUGCUGACGGUCGUGCAGCCAAACUCUGGGAGAUUUAUGUCGGGGAUAAGAAUUCACGAACUGACCUUUACAAGCAUUUCUUGAUAAACUUGCUGCGAGAGAAAAAAUGUCGAAAUAUUAUCGACGUGGCGUGCGGAACUGGCAUCGAUUCCGUCAUGCUUGUGGAAGAAGGGUUCAAUGUGACUUCUGUCGACGCAUCGGACAAAAUGUUAAAGUAUGCCCUAAGGACCCGGUGGAAUCGUCGAAAAGAACCUGCAUUUGACAAGUGGGUUAUCGAGGAAGCGAACUGGCUGACCCUCCCUCAGGACUUGGACGCCAGUGGGAUUCUUUCAGAACGUUCCAACAAUGCCAACGUUGGAGACUACGUAGUCAAAGACGGAUUUGAUGUGGCAAUUGCGCUCGGAAAUAGCUUUGCUCAUUUGCCUGAUUUCAUUGGAGAUCAAAGAGAUCAAAGACAAGCCAUUGCGAAUUUCGCCAAGGUUUUGAAGCCUGGUGGGAUGCUGAUUAUUGAUCAUCGAAAUUACGACUACAUUUUGGAUUAUGGGAAAACUCGUAGCACCAACAUCUACUACAAUAGCCAAUGUGUUUCAAAUAUCCACACUUCGGUCUUGUGGAAAGAGUCCAAACCAUCUUUGGUCACUUUGGAUUAUGAAUUAGAGGUUCCAGCGGAUUUUGACAAUCGGGAAAUGUUUGUUGCUGAUCGCAGAAACCAUUUCCGUCUGUCGUACUACCCUCACCGCCUUGAGUCAUUUUCUGCCUUAUUGAAGGAAGCAUUCGGACCAGGUGUCAAACAUCAAGUCUUUGGUGACUUUAUGCCCUUAGACAAAACCAAGGACCCUGCGUUCUUCAUUCACGUGAUUCAGAAACCAUAAGUUUUGCCAAACUUUGUAAAACUUGCCUGCUAGAUUGUAAAAUAUUUAGACAGAUUGUGACUAUUCGAAAUCAUUAGCCAAAUAGACAAUAAAAACACAUGUCAUUCAGGGAGCACAAUUACAACUA